GCUGGGCCAAGGAGGCUGUUUAUUGUGCUGCUGCUCCUUCAGAGAAUGCCAGGACUCUUUGAUGUCCGCCGGCUGCAGAGGGAUGGUGAAAACCAGAGACUGAACCCUGGGAGGAUGGAGCUGCGGACCAAGUUUAUCCCCACCGGAGAAAUGAUUUGCCAGGUUGGUCAGGAUCGAGGGGCUAAGCCUGUAAGCAUGGCUCUUCUUGCACUGCCUAAACCUGCUUUCCUUUUCUUGUUUUGGUAACUUGGCACAGACAAACACGAAGAGGGAGGCACAAUUCAGGAAGGAUUCUAUCAGUGCAAGGGAACUGCUGCAUUUAUGGAAAGGGACAUUCCAGCAUGGUUUGUGAAGAGAGUGAGGACAAUACCCAGUGACAACUUCAAGCUUUGAGAAAACUGGCCCUUGCAAGGCCAGAGGAAGGAGGAGACAACGGUGUCCAUAUUUCAGACCACUGGACUGAUGCUAUAGCAAGUUAAAAGGAAACACAGUGAAAUCUGUCAAGGUGGUCAAGUAUCAGGGGCGGGGGCAUAAAGGAAAAGGCUCCAAGAGCUGUGUAAAAUUAGCUGGGCUUCAGGCCGUCUCUAUGUUGGUGAAUGAUUGGAUCUGGAAUACCAUACGUGUGAAGAGGAGGCAUUUGUUGGUUUGGGCUUUACACAUCUCUCCCAAUAUCUGCUCUGUUGCUUUAAAUUAAGGUUGCCUGCAGGUUUCUAACUCUUUGUGCCGGUGACAUAGGCAGGAUUCCAAAUUCAAGAGGUCACAAAGGUUGGAGUGGACGUUUCUGGCUUUAUUGGGACUUCCAAAAGCUAACAGCCUGCAUUGCCAAAGGAUGUUGGCUCUUAGCUUUUUACAGUCCAGAUGAAUGAUUAUUGCUCUGCCUGCAGUUGGUCUUCUCCAGUGUCUAUUGUGGUGGACCAUGGGCUGGGCUGUGGGGCACUAGUGGCUAUACCCGUUGUGGGAGCCACAGGGGAGUCUUCCUUGCCCUGUGCUCUCUGGCGACAAGAUUUGGCUCUCAAGUUACCCUGGGACUCUUUCCCCACUCUCCAGGAUGUUCCUAGUAACUAGUGCUAGGCCCUGUCAUAACGGCAGAAUUUCUCUUCCCCCCCCCCUUUGGCUCUGCUGUGGUUGUUUAUCUCUGCCCUCUCAGACAGCUCCUGUGCCCAUGUGGUACCAGCCAAUGCGCCAAUGUGAAAUGACAAUGGUUGUGGGGAAGAGGACUCAGAGGGCAGGUAACAUUCUGGGCUGCCACAGCCUGCUGAUGGAGCUUGUGGUGACAGCAGCAGGGUUGGCUUGCCAGUACUGUACAGUGGUACCUUGGGUUACAUACGCUUCAGGUUACAGACUCCGCUAACCCAGAAAUAGUACCUCGGGUUAAGUACUUUGUUUCAGGAUGAGAACAGAAAUCGUGCUCCAGUGGCACAGCAGCAGCAGGAGGCCCCAUUAGCUAAAGUGGUGCUUCAGGUUAAGAACAGUUUCAGGUUAAGAACGGACCUCUGGAACGAAUUAAGUACUUAACCCGAGGUACCACUGUAGUCCAAUGGCAGCAGUUCCACUCAUGAAAAGGCUGGAGGCUGCUGCUGGCAGGACACUUGUGGCAACAUUGGAAGACUUAAUCUGGGAGUAGCUUGGAGAGUGCAAUGUAGAUCAGACUCCCCACCCCCACAUGCUGGAGCCUGUGCAUUCUUUUGAGCUCCUGGUUCCCUCUCCCUGCCCCCCCUCUCUCUUAUGAAUGGAAGGCCAUCUUCUAUUCUGCCUUCCUCCUCACCCCCCGCCCUGGCUGCCUUUAUGGAUUGGUUAAAUAUGAAAUUAACUGGGGUAAAUGUUUUCUACAUGCUUACUUCCUCAGCCUCAGUGCUCCCCAUCUAUAAAAUAGGCACGUUCCCUAGAAUGCCUAUCUCUCCUUUAGCUGAUAUACUGCACUAAUAUGCUGCGCUGCACUGCUGUUUGUGUUAUACAUGUGAUCUUGUGUGUGAUGUGACUUGAUGUGGUGGGGUUCAGAGUAAUGGGGUCUACAUGCACUCUUACUUCUUGCUUCAUGUGGGACCUAGGUGACAGAUCUGUUUUGUGGGUUGGGGGGGCUGGAAUUCUCUGCAAAGCUUUGAAGCAGCACAGCUUUUUUGAGUCCAUUGUUGUUGUUUAGUCGUUUAGUCGUGUCUGCCUCUUUGUGACCCCAUGGACCAGAGCACGCCAGGCACUCCUGUCUUCCACUGCCUCCCGCAGUUUGGUCAAACUCAUGCUGGUAGCUUCGAGAACAAUGUCCAACCAUCUCGUCCUCUGUCAUCCCCUUCUCCUUGUGCCCUCCAUCUUUUCCAGCAUCAGGGUCUUUUCCAGGGAGUCUUCUCUUCUCAUGAGGUAGCCAAAGUAUUGGAGCCUCAGCUUCACAAUCUGUCCUUCCAGUGAGCACUCAGGGCUGAUUUCCUUCAGAAUGGAUCGGUUUGAUCUUCUUGCAGUCCAUGGGACUCUCAAGUUUCCUCCAGCCCCAGAAUUCAAAAGCAUCCAUUCUUCGGCGAUCAGCCUUCUUUAUGGUCCAGCUCUCACUUCCAUACAUCACUACUGGGAAAACCAUAGCUUUUACUAUACGGACCUUUGUUGGCAAGGUGAUGUCUCUACUUUUUAAGAGUCCAUUAGGUCCUUCUAAAAAUAACAGAAAUGUGCAACUGUUGGUGACUUGGGGGGGGGGGGGGGAGAAAUCCUUACCAGGUCAGCAACACAGAAUUUACCUCUUAGCUGAAGUGCUGCGGAUAGCUCUGACAUGGAUCCACAGACAGUCUUCUACUAUUCUGAAUACGACACUCGAGAUUCUUGGGGAAUAAGAGCUGUGUAGUUUGAAGAGCCUGCCAUUGUGAGCAUAAAUGCACUUAGAACUUUUACAUGUCCUGUCUCCAGAUGCUUCAAAAUAAGAAACUUGAAAUAUUUUAUUACUAAAAUAACACUCUGCUGCUCUAUUAGCUGCCAACAGCUCACUUGGGAACAUCUGAAAACAGGCAAGACUCAACCCUAUCAGAAGCCUGUCAGCUACCCUUUUGUUGGAAGCUGUCUUAUCCUAAGAUGGAUUGUUAGUCCUUCCAGUGCAGUACUGUCCUUGCCCUCGCUAUCCCCCAUCAUUGUUAGAAAUCUGCAGAGCUUCUGGCAAAGUGAGCAAACAGGUGUUACAAGGUGCUCCCUUACAGGCUAAAGCUGCAUCUGCCCCAGCACUGGGCACAUUAACUGGCAGCAACUCUCCAGACAGGUGUAUCUUACACUUCUGUCACCCGAGACCUUUCAUUGGAGAAGUCCGAGCCUUAACCCACAACCUUUUACAAACAAACUGUGGACUUGCCAACUGCCAGAGCCUGACACGUUGUAAACUGGUCAGAUUUGCAAGCAGGGCUGGGCUCAAAUGAACCACAAGGCAAAGGCAAAGACUGCUGGUGGCGGGGAACUGCAAAAGGCAAUUUUUGCAAGGGAGUUCACCCUUCCACUUUGCCCCUAAGUAUAGUGUAUGUGCUGUGCAACCCGCAGCAUAUGGCUAAAUCCCACCGAAAGCCUCCUUGGGGCUUCUGCAUGGCAGAGCCCUCAUCUAUUUUAUAGGUGGGAGUUUGCUCUCCUUGCAGUGGGCACCUGGGAAGGGCUGCGGCGAAAUGCAAUUCUCUCCUGCUUUCUUCAUGUGAGCAGAGCAGAUCCCAAGCUCUCUUCUUCCUCCUCCAGGAGUUGACAAAUGUUAGAACUUGUAUUUAAAAGUCCCCGCCAGCAUUAAAGGCUUGCCGUGCCCCAGAGGAGGCUCCUCUGGAAAGAGCUGGCCGGCCCAAAGCAGGGCGAGGCAGGCCGGGGCGCACGGAGGGUGAGGAGGCCUUCGCCCGGAUCCCUCUCACUGCGCAGGGAGCCGCCUCGGACCCGCUCAGGCCUCGCUCAGCGCUGCCCACUCGGACGGGCAGCAGCGGCGGCUCUGAGGGCGGGUGUCAGGCUGGGCCACCACGGAUGGUCCCCCAGGGCCCCUCGAGCGCGACCGAGGCGGAGAAACGCCUCACAUAGCGGGGCGGCGGAGAAAGUUCCCUCAGGGACACCGAGACACCCCGUCCUGAGGGCGCUUCUCUCUCGCGCGCGCGCCUUUCGCGCGCAAAGAGGCCCGCGGGGGCGGGGGAGGAGAGAGGGUCGCGCAGGCGCGGAGGGGCGUGGCCAGGCCGCUCUCCUGCCCUCGCCCCCCCCCCACGGGAGGGCCCGAGUCAGGCCGGCCCGCCAGCCCCGCCGCGCAGGCGCAUUCCGCCCUUGCCACGGCUCCGCCCGGCCCGUGACAGGAGCCCCAAUUGCCGCCGCCGCCGCCGAUCCGACCGAGCGGCUGGAGCGAGCGUCGCCGACGGGGCACGAGGAGGGCGCGGCGGAGCGGGAGGGCCAGGCGGCAGCAGCUCACUCAGCAAGGUAGGCCAGGAGGGAGCGGCGAGGCGGAGGACGGACCUCUGAGCAUGGGCAGAGCGCCUCUCCCGCCGUCCGCUGGACUGGGUCUCCCCGGGGGCGAAGGCAGACCGGCGGAGCUGCGGGACCUUCUCGCGUGCGGCGGCGACCCCCGAGGGGCCGAGGGGGCGGGGCUGCUCUCCCCCCUCCGCGUCCCGCCCGCAGCCCCGCCUCCUCCGACCCCGAGGAGGUGGUCUCCACGUGUCCCGUGUGAAUGCGGCCCCUCCCCGGUGGGCUCCCGGGGGGCGGCGGGUCUCGCUUUCUCCCGAGGAGGCCCCUCCGCUCUGGCCCUGCCGCCAACAACUUCGCUUCGGCGCCGGAGUUGGCUGCGCCGGAGCAGGAGGGAGGCGGCUGCCCCGGGGCGGGGCGGGUCUGCCAGGGCGCCGCCGCCGCCCGAAAGCGGAAGGGCAUCUGGGCUGCCCGCGGCGAAGCGUGGCUGUCGCUCCUUAGCCUAAUCCGUCUGCUGCCAGCCAGCCGCUGCCUCGCCGAAGACGCUCGCCUUCCCCUGGGGAGAAGACGAGGCAGCAGAGGCUGCUCUCCCGGAGGGAAGGCGGGGAAACUGAGGCACAGGGGGAUGGUGGCCCUGGAGAAGCAGGCCAUGGCACGGCAUGCCCACUUGCUGCCAUCCGUUCCACCCCCCACCCCCGUCCUGUAUGCCAGGCAGCAGCUACACGUGAACACCCCCCACUCAGAGCUCAGGUGUGAAGCCCACCUCCCUCUUGGGUGCAGCAGGGGCCUCUGGCUGUGUUAAAAGGCAAGGCAACACGGCAGAUUCGGCCUCAACUGGACUUUCUCCUGGGUAGCCACUCAGGCUGCCUUCUGGAUCAGGCCCAUCCGGUCCAGCACCUUCUCCCAACCAGAUGCCUGUGGGAAACCGGCAAGCGGCACUCUGCUCCCAUACCUAUCAUAUUAUACUCCCAUGUUUAACUUUCCACUGGGCAAGUCACUUUAAUAAUAUUUCUUUUUAAAGCCUCAUUAUAAGUGAGUCCAAAGUAACAUGCUUUUCAAAAGCCAAGCCAUGGACCUCCUACUUUUGAAAACUUUGAUAUCUCUAUGGUAGUUUUUGUUAUGUGAAUGGAGCCAAGGACCCUCUGGGUGGGUUACAUGGAUCCGCUGGGGUUCACGAACCACCAGUUGGGAACCACUCAUAUAUAGUAUAAAUAUGUAUAAGCAGUAUAUAACAGUGUAUGGGAACAUCAAAUCCCAGAUGCAGGCCAGGAGGAUUCCUAUACUGUGUUAUGUUUUUGUGUUUCUUUGAUUAUCUUGGGACUCAGCUCCAGGCGAGGUCCCAUAAUAUAUCCUGCUGACCAGGCUUGCAGUUGUGUUGUUGAGGGAGUGGAGAUUAAUCUGCUCGUGUGUGUGUGUGUGUGUGUGUGUGGCUUUCCAAGUGCCUGGUGAGAGUUGGGGUUGCUGUUCAGUGCAGUGGGAGUGAGGGUGAGGGUCGGCCAGAAGGGAUGAAACCUCCGGUGACCUUGGAAAGGAAAAUGAGUUGGACUCUGCCACCUUUGUAUGGGUGUCUUGCAACUUGUGUCUCUGUCAAGGUUGUUAGCAGGCCGAGCCCUUGGAGUGAAUUUGGCAUUAAUUAACAGUGACCUGAGGUCAGCAAAUCCACAGCUGCAAGGGCAGGCGGGAUGCUUACUUAGUGGACGUCCUGGGAGAGGGGAAGGUAUUCUUGCUCUGCUCAGGGUUUAGGCGUGUACAUUUUCAUAUUCCGUUUUGCAUUCCAGUGCUUGGUGAUUGCAGGGAAACCCCGUGGCCUUAGGAGGAGUCACACAGACACACUCUCCCCCCUUCCCCAGGGUUUUGACCUGGCUUACAGAAGUAGCUGCUGGGUCAGGGAAGCUGGACUCUGAGCGGAAAGUCAAGAACUGCCCCAAAGGGGAUUUUUUUGUUCUCAGGGUGGGCUACCUAAUCUUUCUGGGCUGAGCUGCUGGGCUCUUAUUUCCUGUUGCUUAUGAGUGUUAUGGAAGCUCUUAGUCACAAUCAGCAUUGCCAAGAGUGGCUUGAUGCAAAGAGGAAAGGAAGCAUAGCAGGUGACCUCUGCAGAGGCUGCUUGAAGGUCUCCUGGCUCCCAGUUGCAGCACAGGGGAAUGGAGGGUUGGGGGGUCUCAGCCAAGGAGGUGUGAUAAGGGCAUGGCAGUCUGUGUCUGCAUGAGAAACUCUUAGACAUGGGCUCUCUCCACCUCCCCCCUGCCCAUUUGUGCCUUGGAUAAGUGGAUGAGAUCUGCAGAGUUCCUCCCCCUCCCCUUAGAAAUUGGGUGGCAUGGAGGAGAGCAGUACUGGUUCCCGAUCGCAGCUUUUGAAUUCACUGCACUUAAAAAAACCCUUAUCUUACAUUUGUGAGUUGGGCUGGGGAAAAACCCCAUAUGUCAGGUUGCCAGAACAUUUGCAAAUUGGAUGCUGGUGCCAGCUUGCAGGUCUGAAGCCUCUGCCAGCCUGAUGCAGAGCUGGUACCUAAACUACCAUGGCUGGCGUCUCGGGAUGUGAUGGUGGAGAGCAGAGAGAUGGAACUCUUUUCUCAGCGCUGUCCGGAAAUGCUGGGAGAAGCGGAUUCUGCUUUCUGUGGUGCCUCUGAGGGAGGGGCACCUGGGUGCAGCGCUGCUGCUGCUGCUGAGAGAGGAAGGCCUUGCCCACUUCCGUGGUGCUCAUGGAUGAUCCCAGGAGGACUUUGGAGCUGUGACUCUUUGCUAGUGAGACACAGCGGGAGGGACUGUCUCAGUUGCAGCCUGUUCUGCUGUGGUUCCAGAAGGAAGCCUUUGCUGCUCCAGGAGAGCGGAGUCCUGGCUGGAUGUUCUGGGUGGGCUUCCUUCGCCAGCAGUGGCUGAUGCUGCUGGUGCGGCGCAGUCAGUUCUGAGCCGUUCUUUGUGCAGGAAAAUGCAUUUUGUUGGCCAGACUUGGUGUCCCCGAAAUCAUGCCUGCCGUGCACAUUCUGAGCCUUUGUUUCCCCGGCCAGCUUGGUUUAAUAACAUAAGAGCAAGCUUACAAUGCCUCUAACUCGCUUAGCUGCAGCCUGGCUAAUUUCCUGGCUUCUGUCGUUUAAACAGGCAGUGCUGGCUGCCGCUGGGGCCAGUUGAGCAGCUUCUGGGUGGAAGCCCUUAUCCUGUUGACAGGUAAAGGGCUUCCAUGGGGCCUCCCCGCAUCCUGGAGCCAGCCCCUCCCCUCGCCUCCCCAGAGGGCCUGGCAGGAGUCCUGCCUGGUGGCUUUUCCAAGGGAGUGGAUUAUUGGUUUUAGAUUGAACUGCCUUUUAUAUCCUGGGCUGUGUGCUUUGCUCCCACACCACCUGCUGCAUCUCAGGUCCUUCUCGGCUUCUUGGUGGCAUUUAGCUGGGCCUGGGCAGCGCUUUCACUCCUGAAAAGCACAGGGCAUCCUUUCUCCUCCCUCCUGCCCCCUCUCCCCGCCCAGAGCCUCCUGCCCCCUGCCAUUUUGUAGGUGGGGGCGGGAUGAACACUUUUGGAGCCCUUUGGGUCAAUUCUCUUUCCUCUCUUCACUUGCCUAAGUCUCACCCAAUGAAGAACCACGGAGAGAUCCCUGAGACAAUGCAGAAUGAAGUGUUAGCCCUUCAUACAAGAGGGAGGGUGAUGUUCUAAUCCUGGAAAGAGGCUGGUGCGUAUUCAGAUGCGGUUCUGCAGGUCUCUCUGCCCUCCCAGCUUCCCUUCCUCCCCAGGUUAAACAGAUGGAGCCUAACAUUUAUUUGCGUCCUUGUCUAGUGCUUGUCACAACAGAGCCCAAAUCUCCCACAAGGAGGGGCAGCCCGCUGGCUGGUUGUACACAAAGCUUGGUGAGCACUCCCUUCCUUGAACUCAGGUGCUUUUUCAUUCAUCCUGCUCUUCCUUCAGUAAGCGUGUGGGCGAGCAGGCAGAGGCUUAUCCUAUUCUCACAACAAUCCUGUGGAGUAGAUUAGACUGAGAGCCUGGUUCAUGUUCACCCCAGGAUGGCUGCGUGGGGAUUCAAUUCAGAGUGCUUCAGCCUUCAGGUCCACCACUCUAUGCAGGAUGUGCAAGGCAGAGUCCUCUCUCCUACUUUUCUUUCCCACUGAUUCCGCCCCCCUCCCCGCAACUGGGAAGUAAAAUGGGAAAGCAAUUCCUUGUAAGCAAGUGGAAGGUGAUGCGUGUUGGGGCAAAAAAAUAAUAAUCUAAAUUUCACAUCUACACUUCCGGCGUCUGAACUGGCAGUGACUGACCAGCAAUGAAACCUUGGGACACAGCAAAUAGCUCUAUGAAGAUGUUGACCCUGUGUGCAGCAGCAGCUGUGAACAAGGCAAAUGCCAUGCCUGGGCCAUUAGGAAAGAGAUUGAAAAUGAAACUCCCGCUUUCACAGUAACAUUAGACAAAACGUUUGGAAUAUGGUGCACAUUUCUGGUUGCCCUGCCUUUAAAAGGGUAUUUUCAAGCCUGAAAGGGUUCAGAAGAAGGCAGCCAAACAUAUUUGGUGGAGAAUGGUGGAGUUUAUUAUGGAGAACUUUUAUUAUGCACACAGUCCUGGAAAUGAGGGGCCAAAGGUAUCUGCCAACUUGUGGAUAGUGCAACAAAUGAUCACCUGUGUUUUGUUUUUUGCCUUCUGUCACAAAGCAAUAUGCUCCUGCGGUCAGGGAAGUGCUAGCCUCACAUUGGGGUCUCCAAAACUGAAGGCCAGGGGGAUGUUUUGUUGUGAAAUGCCGUGGGCUCAAACUGCUGUGCAGGACUGCAGGUAAUAACAAUGAACAGUGAUUUUAAAAGGAGAGGGGGCACCAAAAUGAACAGGGUGUGUGUGGAGAGACUCCUCUAUCAGGUCAGGUUACAACUUUGGGGGGCCUUUUUGGUUUAGGUAAGUGAGUGAGGCAGGACACGAUGGGGCGUUUUGCAUAUUGGCAAAAGAGGUUUUUCUCCCCCCCGUGGUACAAGGGUUUGUGGACAUCCAGUGAAUUGGAGAAGACAAAAGAAAGUCCUUCACAAGCCACAUGGUUAACCUGUGGAAUUCGCUCCUGCAGGAGGCAGGGGUAGCCAGCAAUGUGGGUGGCUUUAAAAGAGGCUUGGACAGAUGCAUGGAGGAGGAGGAGGAGGAGGAGGAGGCUAUCAAUGUCUACUGGCCAGGAGGGCUGUGUUCUUCCUCCACGGUCAGAGGCAGUGAUGCUUCUGAAUACCAGUUGCUAGAAAUUGCGGGAGGGGAGAGGGUUUUGUGCUUGGAUCCUGCUUGCGGGCUUCCCACAAUGGGCAUCUGGUUGGCCCCCUGUGAGAGCAGUUUGUUGGACUAGGUGGGCUCUUGGUGGGCCCAGCAGACUCUUCUGUUCUUAUCCUUUGGUGCCUUUGAGAAGCAAAACAAGACAUUGUUUAUUCCAGGCGAUAAUCAUGAACAUGCUGCAAACUGAAGGUGCCUGAAUGUGUCUUCUUCUUACGUGAGCCCUCGCCAUCAGUAUGCCCAGGAAGGUUGCUGGGAUCCCUGUGUGCGCUCUGUCAAGAGCAAACCCUCCAGCUGGCUUGAGUGGCUCCUUAGGAAGUCGCCUGUCCCUGGCUGGCCUUGCCCCCCUCUCCCCCCAGCUUGUGGGAUGAGAAUGCGGCAUGUCAGAGAGAGAAGGACCAUCUGCCCUCUGGGGUGGGGCUUGGACCCACAUCUGUGGGUUGUUUGCUGGGAGUGGCAGCUGAAGGGGGCAUGGGAAAUUCCUGGGUGGGGUGGGGGUGAGGCUGAAGUCCUCUGGAACAAGACCACUUGAGACACUUUUAUAUUUGGCAAGGGAGAUUCUUCUGCUGAGAGAGAAAGAAGGUUCUUGAGGGGAAAGGCUGCUAAGAAUAGAAAUCAUUUACAUACAGGACAUAAAACAUUCCAAAUCCCAGCCUUUUCCAGGCCUGCAACUCAGCGCAGCCCUGGGAAUUUGGUCCCACUUACUGCCUUGGAGUUUGAAUUGUAGGGAUUCAGGGCUUGGGACCUGUGAGGCUGGUGGGUUCCUGUGCUCUUCCUUGGACAAAGGAGGUUUCCAGCUUCCCCCACCCAGGCCCUUCUCCCUGCAUGUGGGGAUGGCAGGAAGAACCAGCAGCUGUGUCUUGUUCCAGGCACUCAGGGCUCUGGGAGCACGAAAGCCUCCCUCCUGACAUUUUGUCCCUGGGUGCUUCCUGCUCUCCUCUCCUUGCCAGCAUUGUUGCGGAGGGCCCUGCGCUCUUUCUUUCUUCCCUCCCUUGCUCCUCUCCCCCACUUGGGUCCCGUGCAAGAGAGGAAUUUCAGCAAGAUUCUCCACAGGCUGGCAUUGCCACUCCUCCCCACUGCGGAAAGUAGGACUGAAGUCAGCUCUCUCCCUCUUUCCCACCCUCGCCAGAUCUCGACACAAACUGCAUUCCAUUCAUUCCAUGGGCUUGACUUGUGCGGAGGGGGGGCUUGCCAUGACAGGCUGGAAGCAGAGCUGCCAUCUCAGUCUGCAGCCCAGGCAGGGCCUGCCCCCCCGCCUUGCCCCAUAACGCUUCCUGGAGAAGGCGCUGCAGGAUUGCCCCACGCCCCAGCGCCUCUGCAAGGACAGCGGCAAAAGGUGCAGGUGGCUGUUGCAGUUGUGGGUCCAGCCUCUGGGAUCAGAAGUGUCCAUAGCUCCCUGAACCUUUCAUGUGUGUAUAUAUUGUGGGUGUAAAACAGAUCUGUAGUGUCGGGGUGCAGUAUUAGGUAGAUAAGCUUAUCGCCAAAUGGCACCUUGAAUCCAGGUUACGGUCAGUGUGAGAAACUAGGUUAGGAAAGGUAGGAGCCAAAUGGUUUCUGAGACCUGGGUUGUGGGUGUUAAAACAGAAUGUCUAGUCACCUCUGGGAGGGGUCAGCAACACUGUUAACACAUGUUUAAUUUGGUGUUGACGAUAUAAAUAUUGGUACCAUACUUGAGUUUUCAAAACACUCUACUCUAUUGUUAAGCUCCUUAACUUAUUGUCUGUUCUUAACGUCCGCUUCAAGGCUUCAAAGCAACUACAUUUCAGGAAUCCUGGAGUGUCAUCCAGGCGCAAAAAUGGCACCCAGACUUUUUGAGGUGCUCGCAAAUGGAGAAUCGUUAGGCGCAAAAUGCGCCUGGCGCUCUGCUAAUUUCAAACUCUGGUUACAGUCACCACAAUGCACUGUCCAGUUGCCUUUUCCCCCAGUGAAGUUUAUUAUAGCAACAAGACAUCGCCACAGAUUGGAAGGCUGGCUGGCAUGCAGCAACGUCUUUUGAUGCGUGAGCAUGCAGGAACAGAAAACUGCUGCACACCAGCCAGAUGGUGGCAACGUCAGCCAUGAGACCUGGCAACAAGGCGUCUUCACUUGCUUGCAAUUGGACCUGCGCCAGGCACAAAAUGCGCCUUGCGCCUGGGGAAUUUUGAACACUGCCUGAGUGGUCCUCCAGAUAACGCUGGACUCUGUUAGAAACUCAGAUAUAUACACUAGGCGCCAAAUGGCUCUUUAAACCAGGGUUACUGUCACCAAAACUAAAUUCCUAGUUGCCAUUUGGGCACCAGAUGCCUUGAAAGUCAUAUUUUUCAAUAUGACUUUUUGGUUCCUGAAAAUCAUUCUGAUUGUGCAGGUAAAAUAUCACAGAUAGAAUCUUAACAGGUUGCGUUGCUAGUGUGUGAAAACAGUCCAGAUCCAAGGAUCCCCAGGCAGGCACCUCCAGAGGGUGGAGACGUCAGGUGUCAUCCUGGCACCCAGGCAUCUUCACUUCAUUGCAAGUGGCCAGUAGCCAGGGGCAAAAUGCGCCCAGCGCCUGGCAAGUUUUGAAUGCUGGUUGGACUAUAGUUCCCAUCAUCUUUGGCCGUGAUGUGAGUUGGAGUCCAGCAACAUCUGACAGUCUGCCGAUUUCCCAUCCCUGAUUUAGCAGGGGACGUGUGAUGGUUGACUGAGAUAAUUUUGGUUUCUGCAUUUUGUAUAAUGUGAGAUGGGGGGACACACAAGCAGAAUCGGAAGGGGACCUGGUUUUAUUUGACCAGACAGAGCUGCCAGCAAGGCAACCGAACAGCUCAGCUUGGUUCUUCAUCUGGGACUUAAAGUCAAGCAGACGCACAAUCUGAAAGGAAUGAUGGAAAGAGGCUGGCAUGGUGGAGCAGAACGGCAGCCACACCCCAGCUGCUGAGUGCAGGAAGCUGCCUUGGUCAGACCUUUGGUCCCUCUGGCUGGCCGCCUGGUGGCUCUCCAGGUUGCUAGCCGCCCUGCCUGGGACGCCACUGGGCCUGGACCUUUUGCACGGCAAGCAGACGCUUCCCGCCGAGCCACGUUGAGUAAGAAAAGCCCCUGCAGGACUUGGUGGUGCUUGUUCUGAGAAGGUUUCAGCAUUUCAGAGUUCACGAGACGGCAGGGCGAACCUCGCCUGCCCUUGUCUGGGUAGGGCACUGCCUCGGCACUCUGGUCCCCAGAGACGUGUUUGUUCUGCUCCGUGUGCCUUGGCUGGGAUCCUGCAAUAAAGAAUGAGUCACGAGUGUUUGGCCAGCAGCACCAAUAAGGGGAGCCUUCCUAGGAAGAGGAAUUUGGAGAGCUCUGGCUUCAUGGGCAGGUGCUGAGCAGUCACAGGUUGCGGAGAGAGAGACAGAGGGCGUGCAAACCUCAGGGCGUGCAAAGGUGCCGUCUCCGCAGAGAAGCAGCAGGAAGAGCCAGGAGGGCCUGGGGGAGCCAUCCAUGUUUGCUUACCGGAAGAGGAAAAGGGGAGGAGGGUGGGAUCUGGGCUGUUUCAAGGUGGGUUUUCCACACCCAUCUGCUGGGAGAGGUUGGGGGCCUUCUCCUUGGCUCCCCUGACUGUUCCCCGUGGGAUGAACAUUUCUGUAGCUUAUUGUUUAUUCACUUUAUUACCUGCUCUUUAAAAGAGGAUUAGACAGGCAGCCUUAAAGGAGGAUUAGAGGAGUACAAGGGGGUAAAGGCUAUGGAUGGCUGUGCUCUUCCUCCACAGAGGGAGGCAGCAGUGCUUCGCCUGAGUCCUCCUGGCUAGAAACCUUGGCAGGGGAGGGGGGCUCUUGCUCUCAGGGCCUCUUUCCCAUUGGGGCAUCCAGCUGGAUGGGCCGCCGCCUGGUCCAGCAGGCUCUUGUGUUCUUCUUUUCUUCUUCUUCUUUUUUCUUUUUCUUUUUAUUUAUACAACAAGAAAAAAACACACACACAAAACACAAAUACCAAAUGACACACAAAUUACAAAAAUAACCAUAGACACAUAAUUUUCUUGGCAAACAAUAAAACAUCUAUUGGUCUUAACACUAAAGACCCAACUUCCUGUCUAUUCCAUAUUUCAAAUUCAUAUUACGUAUUGCCAAUACACAUUUUUUCCCAUAACUAAACUUAUUCUCAAUAAAUCUAAUUUCUUCUAUCUACCUAGCAACUAUCACUGAAGUUCCUCGAAUGCUGCAACAGAAUUUAAACUACUAUAUUUAUUUUUCAGAUAUUCUUUGAAAACCUCCCAUUUAGAAACAAAUUCCUGUUUUGAUUUAUUCUUUAUUUUUUCUGAUAAACCAUCUAAUUUGGCAUAUUCUGUCAGCUUCUGGGUCCAAUCUUGUAUAGAGGGGAUUUCAUUACUCUUCCAUUUUGCUGCGAUCAAAACUCUUGCUGCCGCCGUCACAUAUAAAAAGAUACCCUUCCUCUUUUGUGGAAUAUCCAAAUCUGUUAUUCCCAGGAGGUAGGCCUCUGGUUUUUAUUGAAAGAGAUCUUUAGCAUUUUUGCAGUUCUGCAUGUAUACUCUCCCAGAAUACCUGUAUUUUCCUACAUAUUCACCACAUAUGGUAGAAUGUUCCUGAGUCUCCGCAUCUCCAACAAUUACUUGACACAUUUUUAUACAUUUUUGAAAGUUUCCAUGGUGUUAGAUACCAUCGAUGUCGCAUUUUUUGAAAGUUCUCUCUAAUUGUGUAACAGUUUGUGAAUUUCCAAUUGAUCUUCCAUAAAUUUUCCCAUUGGGCCAUGGUUAUUGGAUGGCCAAAAUCCUGGGACCACCUCACCAUUGCCACUGUUACCUCCUCCUCCUUGACUGUCCAGUCAAGGAGGAGUCAGUAAGUUUUGGAAAGAGUUUUUCUUUUAGAGUUUACAAGAUCAGAUUCGAAUCGGGAAAUUUCUGCUGAGAACCCCUUUUGUUUGUCAGAUUUAAAUUUUUCAAAUAACUGAUGGUAUUGGAACCAGUCUGAAAUGUGUUCUCUUACCUCCUCAAAGUUUUUAAAUUUUAUUUGGUUAUCCUCAUUUUUUAGAAGUAUUGUUGGCCAGCUUUCCUGAGUAUUUUUCCGUUUUACUGCUAUGGCUUCUACUGGAGAAGUCCACCACGGGACUUUAGGAUCCAUCAGGUCUUUAUAUUUUUCCCAUACAGCAAAGAGUGACUUUCUUAUUAUAUGGUUGGUAAAAAUUUUAUGAAUUUUCGCUUUUCCAUAUAUUAGGUAGGCGUGCCAUCCCCAACGGUUGUCAAAACCUUCCAGGUUCAGGAGGUCCGGAUCCUGCAACGUGCACCAAUCUUUUAGCCAGGUGAAACAGGCAGCCUCGUAGUAAAGUUUUAGAUCGGGUAGGGAAAAGCCUCCUCUCUCUUUUAUGUCUAUUAAGAUCAAGUGUUUAAUCCUAGGUUUCUUCCCUUCCCACAGGAAUUUGGAAAUUUCUCUUUGCCAUAUCUUGAGACAACCUGCUUCACCCAGUAUCGGAAUCAUUUGAAAUAAAAAGAUUAAUUUUGGAAGCACAUUCAUCUUUAUAAUGGAAAUCCUACCCAGAAAUGUUAAUUUUAGUUUACUCCAGAUUACCAAGUUUUUUCUAAUCUCUAACCAAGUUUUGGUGUAAUUAUCCUGAAAUAAGUUUAUGUUCUUGGGGGUGAUCCAAAUACCCAAGUAUUUCGCUUUGAAGAGAUUUUCAGGCCCAAUAUUUUUUCUAAGUCGUCCUUUUCUUCUGUGGUUACAUUUUUAACAAGCAUUUUUGUUUUUGUUAUAUUCAGUUUAAAGCCUGCCACAUCUCCAAAUUCUUUAAUCAAUUCCAACACUCUUUUCAGACUUUCUUUAGGGUUUUCAGUCAUAACAAGUAAAUCGUCCGCAAAAGCUUUAAUUUUAUAUGUUUUGUUUCCCAGAGUGAUGCCUUUAACAAGCUCAUCCUUUCUUAUCUGAUUGUUCAAGACUUCCAUCACUAAGAUAAAUAUCCGUGGUUUAUUUUGCACUCCUCAGUAAUUCUUCCGUUGAUGAUCAGUUUUGCAUAUUGUUCCGAAUAGAUGGCAUUUAUUCCUUUACAAAUAUUUUCUCCCAGUCCGAUUUCUUCCAUUAAUUUUUUCAUAAACUUCCAGGACACGUUAUCAAAAGCUUUUUCAGCGUCCACCAACAUAAUAGCUGCUGGUUUAUCAAUUUUAAUAUCCAAAUAUUCUAAUACAUUAAUCACACAUCUAAUAUUGGAUUGCAUAAAUCGUCCGGGAAGAAAUCCUGUUUGAUCUUUAUGAAUUACCUCGUUCAGCACCAUUUUUAAUCUAUUUGCAAGAAUGUCUGCGAAUAUCUUGUAAUCGUUAUUUAGCAGUGCAAUGGGUCUGUAAUUGGCCAUGUUUGAGGCAUCUGUUCCCUGUUUAUGGAUAAGAGUAAUAAAGCUGUCCUUCCAGGUUUUCGGAAACUUUCCAUUUGCCAGAAUAUUAUUCAUUAGGUCUUUCAUGGGAAGAAAUAAUGCUUGUUCUAACUUUUUAUAGUAAUUAGCUGGAAGACCAUCUGGGCCCGGUGUCUUUCCUAAUUUUGAUCUCUGUAUAGCUUGUUGCACCUCCAUAGCUGUUAUUGGUGAGUUCAAGAUUUCAGUUUUUUCCUUAGGUAUUAUUGGUAGUUUAUUUUUUCCGAAAUAAUCAAUUAUUUUUUCUAGAGUCUCUGGACCUUCUUUAUAUAGUUUUCCGAAAAAACUAGCAAAGUUUUUACUAAUUUCCUUCAUUUCUUGAAUCCAUUUGUCUUCAAUUUUAAUUUUAUUGAUAAUUCUAUCUGCCUUUUUCUUCUUUAAUUGCAAGGCCAGAAGUUUGCCAGGUUUAUUUGCAAACUCAAAAUUUCUAUGUCUCAACCAUUUUAUCUUCCAUUCUAGCUCUUCAUUUAUUAUCAUGGAGAAUUGUGUCUGUAAAAUUUUUAUACUUUGCUUAAUUAGUUCAUCAUCUGGUUUUUGGAAAAGGAUCCUUUCCUUUUUUCUAAUUUCCUCCCAGAUCUCCAUUUUCUUCUUCUCCUUUGUUUUCCUUUGGAAUGCGUUUUGUUGUAUAAAGAAACCUCUUAUGACGGCUUUACCCGCAUCCCAAACCGUCUCUAGAUCUACUCCUUGAUUUAAAUUAAACUUAAAAUAUUCUUCUAAGAUUUGUUUGGCCUUCUGUACAAUUUUUUCAUCGUUUAGCAUACUCUCAUUAAGUUGCCACCUUUUAACCUUUUCUUUUUUCUCUUUAAAGUUAACCCAGACCGCACUGUGAUCUGAAAUUGUCCUUGGAUGGAUUCCUGCUUUUGUAAUAUUAUUUAAUAAAUCCUUUGUUGUCCAGAUCGCGUUGAUUCAUCCCGCAGAUUUAUGUGGCUCUGAAUAAUGUGUAAAUUCUUUCUCUGUUGGAUUCUUAAACCUCCAAGCGUCGAACAAAUUCAGGAGUUCUAUUAAUUGGAAAAAAGUAGUUGGGAGUUUGUUCUGCCUCUUUUCUUUCUUCUUUAUUGUUCUGUCCAUGUUUGGAUUGACUACUCCAUUAAAAUCUCCUAAUAAUACAAUUUCCCCCCCUAAAUAUUCUAUGACUUUUUCUUCCAGGAAUUGAUAGAAUUCGGAUUUUCUUUCAUUUGGUGCAUAAAUUUGGCUCUUGUGUUCUUCUAAGGUCCCAGGGUGGGUUGCAAGAAUUUAAAACACAAGAUUAAAAACAGGUUAAAACAAAUUACAAUCGCAAGAAUAGGCCGGGUUCUAAAAAUACGCAUCUCGAGUGUUAAAGGCCAGGGUGCAGAGGCGCAUCUUCAGCACACUGUGCAAUGAAGGUGCCAGAUAUCUGCACCUCUGCGGGAAGGGAGCAAGGGAAGCUGGCCACCCAGCUCAGUAUUACCUGCACGGACUGGUAGCCAUGACGCCAUCACUAGUGCUUCAGGAAGGACUCUCUCUCCCAGCCCUCCCUGGAGAUGCCUCUGGGGGCAGAACCUGGUGCCUUCUGCAUGCAGGACAGGCCCUCUCCCCCUGGGCCACGCCCCUCCCUAAGGGGGCUGGCACAGAGAAUGCCUUUUUCCAGCCCCCCCCCAACAUCCAAGGGCAGUGGAGUUACCAAGAAGGCCCCCCUCCCCUGAUCUCACUCCUCCCCAAGAGGGUCAGGAGGGCUGGAGGUGGCCUCUCAGAUAUUUAAGGCCUAAGUCUUUCACCGCUUCAAACGCCAUGCAAACCCCUUGAAUGGGGCCUGGAAAUGACCUGGCAGUCAGGCAAUUUGAAGUGUGGCCUUUUUUGGCCUCCUGGUCCCACCCAACCCCCAGUAGAGCCCCUUCUCCCCACGGCUGCUCCUGGGGAAGGAGGUCCUCGGGGGCCACAGGAAGGGGAGUAGGAGCAGCUGCUGCAUUUCAUCACCACCCUGCCUGCUCCACAGGCUUUCCCGUUCCCUUAAUUCCCAGGGGCCUUGUGUGGGAAUCGGCAGCAAAUCAAUAAUUGGCCCUAGUCUGCCAGUGGCAUCCCCCAGCUGCCUCCCAGCUGCCUGCCUGCCUCUGCUCCUCCAGGAGCCCACAAUGGCUCCGGGAGCCCCUUGGAGCAGCAGGAUCCGGGCCUCGUUGUCGUUCCUUGCAACAAGUAGCCAGAGAAGCACGAGCCUUCCUGGGGCAUGAGGCUGGGGGUGGCACGACCAUGCCACCCCCCUCUGUGUUGGGAGAGGCCUGUGUCUGGAGCUGAACAAACAAGCCAUUAAGCGCCUCCUGGGGCUCAGCGUCAGGCAUCAACAGGGCAGGCGGCGUGCUCAGCGCCUGGGCUCAGAGCUGGGACGCUGUGCCAACCUGCCAGGAGCCACGAGGGACGCCUGAUCAGCGCUCUCUGUUCAUUGUCAGGGCCCCCCCAGGACGGGUUUGGGCGAGGGCUUUUUCCCUUCCAAUUAAUUAGUUCUCGCAGACUGGCUCUGAGCAGCAGCUGGGACUGCUCUUUUGUACAGGGUUGCAGGUACUGAGUCCCUGUCAGGGAAAAGGGUGACCUGUUGUUGGGGGGCAACUGGUCCUCCUCCUCUGCCCUGACAGUCUCCUGGGCCCCCAGGAGGACUUCCCUGGCCCCAGUGCUCUGUGGGAGAGGCGUCCUCUUUCAACUUUUGCUGGGAGGGGGGGGUGUGGUGGAGAGGGAGGGCUGGCUCUGCCAUUGGGGACCUUUGGCAUGUGGAGCAGGUGUGGAAGAGGCCCAAGGGAAAGAUGUCAGGAAGCAUCCUGGCUUUGCAGGGGGUCAGAGCAAGUUGCUUAGCCCUCGACAAAAGCAUUGCUGAGCAGGAGGAAAAGAGAGCUGCUGCCUAAGUGCCCUUGAAUAUGUGCAAAGUGAAGAGGCUGCUGAAAAGUGGCCAGUUCCUCCCUCCUGGACAGAUCCUGCCUCUCUCUCUGUGUGUGUUUGUGUUGCAGCAGCAAAUCUGCUCUGCUGCUCUCCUCAGUUCCCCUCCCAAACUGCCAGGCACCCAGUGCAAAUCUGCCCUUAUACAGUCAUUUCCUAUUCUUAGAAGCUUUUCCCUGGGAUUGUGCUGGGGGAGUCAUCCAGAGGAAAUCCUGUUUCCUCCGUUAAAAAAUGGAGGGCUGCAAGCGGCACUUCUCUCACUUCCUAUCUGGUGUCCCCGAGGGGACCCUGGAUGGAGGGGGCAGGCCCUGCCCGUCCUCCCCACCUUACCUCCUUUGCAGCAGCCUCCUCAGAGCAGCCAGGUAGCAGACUUGCUUUUUGACUUUGGGCAGAGGAGCAGAGCCUUCUCAACCGUGGGGAGGCCCCGUCUGCAGGGCAUUCUUGCCCCAUUGCUGCGGCUCAGGACCAGGGCCUGGAUCAGCCCAAUGCAUCAGGUGGGGCAGGGGGGGUGCAGGAGGGGACCCCAGAGUCUUUCCGCUCUCCUGAGCCUCUUGAGGGAGGAGGCAUUUCCAGCAGCUGAGGAUUCCAGCAACCGCAGGCUCUGGACACUGAACUUUCCCCGUGAAAACAUAUUUUCUCCUUAAAAGGAAAAUGACGGUCUGGCUGCUGGGAGGAGGAGAGGCUUUGGCUGAGCAGAAUCCAGCUCUUUCUCCUCAGUGCCACAUCUGGCAGGAGAGGGAGAAGCUCCGCAGGCGACUGGGCUGAGCUGGGGGUCUGCGUGGCUGCUGCGCUCUGGGUGCUGGGGGUGGCGAGGGGGAUCAAGGCACAACAACAAACAACAAAGCAGGGUCCGGUGCAAGGGGCACCAAUGUGACAUUUUGUUCUGCAUGGGCUCUGGACCCCACCACCCGCCUGUCCCCGGUCUCCCUCACCCUGAAUGCCUUUUAGCACCAGAUGCUGUGCACCUCUGUUGUAUAUGGAAGCGGGGCUGACUUUGAUCCGGAUGUGUAUGCCUACCCACAGGCCUCAGGGAACUGGGCAGCUGAGAGCCAGCAAACCCCUUUGACUGGCCUGUUUGGGGCGCUUCUCCUCCCAAAGCUCCCUGUGGAGAGACACUCUGUCUCCACUCACUGCCUGUGCCUGGGAGGGAGGCCCAGGGUGACUGAGGGGCUCCUGCUCACCCUCCUGGGGGCUGCCGGGCUGCUUUUGGCCACGUGGGAGGCUGUCCCGCCCCACCUAAGGGUGCCACCCCUCCCUUCCCUUGUGGCCUCCAUUUCUCAAGCAGCUGUGGGGUUAGGAUACAAAGGGCUUAUCCUGGCAAAGCAGUGGGGGGACGGACAACCAGUUGACCGAUUGAUCUCUCAGGUGUGAGCGUGGCAGUCCUGCGUUGGGACAGACAGACAGAUGAGGAUCCCAAGGCCCUUCUGAAUCCUGCCCUUUGUGGCCUGCAACAUGAGAUGCCUGGCUGGUGGUGCAGCUGGCAGAGCCCUGCCCCCUUGCCCAGCCCAGGGAGAGAUUCCACCUGGCCCCUUCCAGGCCUGCUGGGAAACAGGUGCUUAUCAACUGUGAGUAGAGCAAGUCUGGCCAGGAAGGCCGGGAUCCGACCACGGCCAAGGGGAGCCAUGCAGCUGUCCGUCACCGUCCCCCCCCCCGGGCAAAGAAGAGACUGCUGAAGAAGACCCCCUCAGUUGCCUUUGCUGCCCUUGCCCCCCCCCCACUGUUUCCCAGAGGCUUGGCCAUGUGGAGAUCCAGAGGAGGUUGGGCAGAGUGACGGUGCAGGAGAAGAGCCAGCACAGCCCCCCACCUGGAAGCCCCCAUGCAAAUCCCUGUUGGCAGGGUGGGCCCCAGGUCUCCCCCAGCCUCUCGUGCUUUGUGAGUGUGUGAUGCUCACAGGGUGUUGUUGCCCAGAGGGCCAAGAUGUAGGAAAGUGUGUGCAGGACAUUGUGGACUUUGGGGAAAGAAGGCGGCAAAGGGUCAGUCGUUGCCUCACAGCAGUCUUCGAAAUGCGCCAGGCACCUUUUGCUCCUGCUGCGGGUCAGUUUGCGACUAUGUGGAGUCUUCUGGGUGCCCAGAAUUCAAGGUGCCAUUAGCCCCUGGCUUAUAUAUUUGCGUUUCUCACACUGCCCCGUGGAUGUGGCCGACUGCUCCUCCCUCCUGGGCUACCUUGGCUGGGCAUCUCCCCAUUGCCGUCCUCCUCUGGGAGCCAAGCUGGGGCCGCCAUCCUCCCUCCCUCCCUCCCCCCUCCUUGUGGCUUUUUAUGAGGAGUGCUGGGCUCGGGCCCAACUUUCCCAGCCACUUGGAUUCCUUUUCUCUCCCUCUUGCCUGCUGAGAGGGAACUAUUCAUCCAAGGCAGCCGGCAGAGGCUUUUGCUGCAGCUUGUGAUUUAGGGUGUGCCCACUCGCCUGCCCGCCUGCCUCUGCUGCCCAUUGCUCACCGUGGAGCCAGGAGGGGGGCUCCUGCGGCGCUGGCUACUGCUGCUGGCGAUGAGGGAAGGCCUUCUGGAGGGCCCAGGGCGAUGCUGCCGGGAGGAGAGAGGCGGCAGAGAGUAGAGGCAAUAUCCUUUGGAUCCCUGCUUUGAGAAGCGAGGCCCGUGACUCUGGCGAGGGGCAGCCAUGAAGUUCAGGGCUGUGGUAAGGCUCUUCUGCGGUGGGGAGAGGGCGAGGAGGGGCAGGAAAUCCCUCCGUGGGUCUCCUGGGGGUUGAUCCUGGCCUCCAGCUGAUGCCCCUCCCUGUGGCCCUGUCCUGCAGGGGCAGACCUGGACUUGGGAGGAGGUGGGGGGGUGUCAAUGUGGCCACAAAGCUCAGGAGGUUUUCUCUGUGGGGCUCCUGGAUCUGGUGUGGGGAGGGAGCCUAUUUCUUGGCUGGAUCAGGACAUGGGGAGGGGAGCCCACAAGCAGUGAGGCUCUGGAGUUGUCGUCCCCCCAGUCCUGCAGUGACCCAGGGAAGCUAGGCCUGAUGUGCCUCAAGGGCCCCUCCUGGGUGGACUGGCGUGGAGGGGGAGCCUUCAUCAUCCUCAGGUGACCCCCCUCUCUAUCCUGGGCCAUGGACUCUGCCUCAGGCAAUGUUCCUCCUCCAGAUUCCCUUAUCAUAGGAGCCUUGUCAGGGCUGGCUGGCCCCUGAGUCUCCCCAGACACAGCCUACCUCGGAGGAAGCUAGCCCUGCCCUUACAAACAGGGCUGAGCCAUUUGUUCCGGGUUGCCCCGUCUCCUUGCUCUGUGUGUGUUGCAAGUGGAGGGGGGGAAUUGUGAAUCCAUUAAACAGUCGAAAAAGCCUUCCGAAGGGUGUUGAAGGAGGACCCUCUGGUGGCACUGGGGCCUUUGGGGGGCUGAGCCAGGCAGGGGAGCAGCUGAGCGACACCCACAGCCCCGCUCCCAAGUCCCAGCCCGAGGGGCAGGGCAGCAAGACAAGGGAAGUUGGGAGCAGAAGCGCUCGCCAGUCAAUGGGGAAGCUGGCCUGGAGAAACCUUGCUGCUGCCUUUCCUCUUGUUGCUCCAGGCCUGGGCUUGCGCACCAGGAGGAAGUCGACUCGUGAGACAUGCUCAGUCUUGCAGUCGGAAGGGGAGCUUUGCCUAGUGGGCGGCCAGAGCAACAAGCAGGGAGGGAGGGAGCAGGGUGGCCCAAGCACCUUGGAAGGGCUCCCUGGCUGCCCACCUGUCCUCUUGACCCCUGGCCUGGAUGCUAGGCUGCCCCAGCCAGGCAAGAGUGACGUGGGGCCUCUUUGCCAGCCAGGGCGGGGACCCCCUGGGGCAAUGGUGCCAUUGCCACGCCCCGUGAAACUCCUGGCAGCUGAGGAGGGGGUGCCUGCAUCUGUCUGGGUGAGGGAGGGGCCCUGUAGAGAUUUCCAAAGGCCAGCGAAUGGUUUGACUGGAGCAGUGGAGCUGGCCAGCUUAUCCUCUGAAGGGGGUUGGGGUCUUCUGGAGUAUGGGGAGAGGCUCAGCCUCCUCCAUCUCUGUUGUCAAUUCUGCCUCUGGAGGAAAUUGCCUCUGGGGCUGGUGGAAAGCAGGACCCCUUUCUAUGGGGUGUGGAAGGGGGUCGCUGUUGGGGAGCAGGCAAGCUCUCCUCUGCCCGGCAUCACUGCUUGUGGUCCAGCAGAGGCAGGGAGGGAAAUUCCUGAGGCUGCAGCAGCCUGAACUUCUUCUCUGUAUGCCCAAGUUCCUUCUACUUUGGAAAGGGAAACCCGGGUUGUGUGUGUCCAAAAGACCCUCCUUCCUUCCUUCCUUCCUUCCCUCCCCAUAUCUCUCCACCCCACCCCAACAAAACAAUGUGCCUUUGGGUGCCCUUUGGCAGCUCUGCCUCCGAUGAUGGGAAUGUUUAUAAUUCUUGUUUGAAUAAAUACUGCAGAAUUUACACUUGUAUGCUUCAGAAAGACGCCUAACAGUACUAUUUUUAAACGUUACGUUUAUUUGCUUUUACCCAAUCCAAGAUGCAAGAAAGGCAUGUAAGAUCCUGGCACAAAAUGUGUGUCUGUGUGUGUGUGUGUGUGUGUGUGAGAGAGAGAGAGAGAGAGAGAGAGAGAGAGAGAGAGGUAAACAGUGAACACGUCUGCAUGUUUAGCACCAGAAUUGCACCAGAAUUUGACUGCCUGCAUCACCAGGCAGUCAAAAAACCACCCCACCUGCGUUCCGCUUCCCCUAUCUAGCACUUCCCUCCGGUGGACAGAGGCUCAGGACCCUCAGGACCACGGGCAGGUUCAGUUCCGUCUGCAGAGAAGCUGCAGGUGGGCCAGCCAUGCCAGCCACGUGUCCUGGAGGUAGGGGAGGCUGCCCACUCCCAGCCAGCCCUGGGGCCUUUGCCUCCACCUCCUCCUCCCAGGGAAGGCAGCCAGCCAGUGCAGAGCAUUGCUGGCUGGUCCCAGACAGGCCCAUCAGCUGAUCUGGCUGGCCAAGGGGGCUGCCUGCCAGGGAUGAGCCUUCAGGAUUUGUGUGGGGGUGAGGGUCCCGUGAGGGUCCUGCUUCUCCCCUUCUCCCCCUCCUUCCACCCUCCCAUGGGGUGGGCAUCACUGUGGCCUUGUCUCCCUUGGUUUGUGGUGAGUCCCCUCCCACCUCACACACUGCCCUCUCCUCCAGUGUCCAAAAUUCGCCAGGGGCGUUUUGCUACUGACGCAGGUCCAAUUGCGAUUGUGUGGAGAUUUCUGGGCGCCAGGUUGGCAGCGAAGUUUAAAAACCUCUGCCUUAAUCCAUAGUUUCCCCUGUGUGUGUUUCUCCUCCUUGCAUGCUGGGAUUAGUGAAGUGUUGUAAGAUCAAGUACAAUCAGGCAGGGCAGUUGAGAUCAGAGGAUCGUAGAAUUGUAGCGCUGGGAGGGACCCUGGGGGUCAUCUAGUCCAACCCCCUGGCGAGCAGACGUUCCGUUGUGGUGACCGUGACCCAGAUUCAAGGUGCCAUUUGGCACUCCUCCCCCACAGAGCCACCACUUUGUCCCCCAACUGUACCUGUGGCACCUGGGGAGACCGGGUCGGGUCAGUGUCCUUCCCUCAGAGGUCUCUGUGUCCAGCUUGGAUGUGACCUCUUGCUUUCCCCUCCUUGGCCAGCCAGUGUUUGGAGGAAGACCUCUGGGCUCCCUCUGCUGCUGGUGCUGAGGGGGCCAGUGGGGUGGGGCUGGCUAGUGCCAGGAGCCCCUGCAGGCAUGGGGAGGAGAGAAAGAGAUGCUCAGCUGUCUCUGAGGCAUCCGCCUUUCUCUCCCCACUCUGCCCCCCAAACUCCAGGUCUUCCCCCCCAUGGAAGAGCCCCUCCCAGUAGCCAACCCCCAAAGGCUCCCUGCGGGGCCUGAGCAGGGAGAGUGGCAGGGAGAGGUGAAGAGGGUGCUUGAGGAGCGCAGGUGCGCCUCCUUUCUCCCUCUCUCCUCCUGGGGAUUUGCUAGGGGAGGAAAUGUUCCUGUUGGCAUGGAAAGUUUCCUCCAUUGGGGGGGGGCUCUGCGCAGUGCUGGGGAGAGGCCGGCAGGCUCACUCCGCUCCACUCCCAGCAAGCGAAGGACGUGGGGACGCUGUGUUCCCUCUCGCGCCAGCCAUGAACGUUGAGGGCUUGUUGGCCCAGAUCCAGCAGAAGAGGUCUCUCAUCCCCAUGGGCUUCCACCUGGCCAACCAUGUGGUGAGCCCCCAUGGCGUGCGCAGGGUGUUGCUGGCCGAGGGCAGGACCUGGAGGCCUGGACGGGAUGCCAGUGGAGCGUGUGUGUGUUGGGGUUGGGGAAAGCCGCUCUCUUCUGCCUCACAGCCUUCCUGGGAAGGAUCCUGAUUUGCAUUGCCAUUUGUGGCUUCUGAGACCUGGACUCCUUUACUCUAGGAGAUGUUAAAACUUUGGUAGUGAACCAGCUGAGGGGCGUUGGCUGGGCUGGAGUGGGGCGUGUGGACUUCUGCCGGUGGGUCGGGGACUUCUGUCCCCUCCUUGUUGUGGACAUGCCUCUCCCUGAGCCCUGCCAGCCCUCGCUCUGGUGUCCGUCCUUUGGCCCUUCCUUGACAGCCAGCCCAGGCACAGCAAGGCUUCCCUCCCUGUUCAUCUCUGGCCGCCUGGCUCAACCUCCCCUCUUGUUGCUCCUUGCAGCCUGUCGGCAGUGACGGGAUCCGGCUCGCAGCCAUGGAGAGCGCCCUGACAGCUCGCGACCGCGUGGGAGUCCAGGACUUUGUCCUGCUGGAGAACUUCACCAGCGAAGCGGCUUUCAUCGAGAAUCUGCGCAAGCGGUUCAAGGAGAACCUCAUCUACGUGAGUGGAGCGGGUGGGGCAGCCCCCUUCAUCCAGCAGCUACCUCUUUCCCUGUGGGGCUCUGCCCAACGGGAGCCGUGGCCCCGCAGAGCCCCAGUGCUGGGCGGUCCCACUGCAGAUUCUGGAGCAGAGGGUCCAGGAGGGCAGGCUGGGGUGGGGCCUGAGGUGCAGCUGCUCUCAGCCCCGCAGGCAAACAUUGAGGGAGGCAGACCAUUCUGCCCCCACCCCCAGUUUCUCAUGCCAUCCAGUAAUAACCCCCUGAGAAAGCCUCCCCUCCUAAGCUGAAAGCAAAGUUGUUUGAGGGAUGCAGGAAACAUAUCUUGGAGGAAGAUUUCAAGGCAAAGAAGAAGAGUGUCACUAUGAGGGAUCUCCAGGUGUCCCAGAGGCUGCUCUCUCCCCCUCCCUCUUCCUCCUGACCUCCCCUCCCUCCCUUGCUCUGCAGACGUACAUUGGCUCUGUCCUGGUCUCCGUCAAUCCCUACAAGGACCUGGAGAUCUACACCAAGCAGCACAUGGAGCGCUACCGGGGCGUCAGCUUCUACGAGGUCUCUCCUCACCUGUGGGUAACGCCAGGGGUCAAGCCAGCCCCCCUCCCCCCCUUGCUUCUCCUGGGCCUCUGGAGCCGCAGGCCGCCAGCCACACCCAAAGCAUAGGAAAAUCUGUGUGUGUGUGCACGAGAGGGCAAGGGUGGGAUUUUUCCUGCUCCCUCUGCCCAACAUUUCCCACGUUGCUAAGAGACCAGGAACCCGCCAGAGUAUCUUUGUUUGCAUAGCUGGGUGAACACUCCUCAUUUAGAGAACGGAGCGCUGAUUCUGAGCACAAUUUUGGAGGGUUCGUAAGACAAAAGAGCCCUGCGUGCGCGAAACACCCGGCCGCCCUGCUUGCAGGGCGUGUGUGUACAAAAUCUAGGGAGUGCCUUUGCUUUGGGAGAUGGGAGGGAGGAAGAGAGGGGAGGAGGGGAUAUCCCAGGUCACAUUCUGCCCCCCUACCCAUGUUCCCUGGGAUUUGGCCCAGCCAAAAUGCUGAGUGGGUGGAGCUCUGUCUUUUAGAGGGACAAGCUGCCUCCCAACUUCCCACUUGUUGCAUGUGCAAGGCUCUUGAUCACAAGCUUCAGCCUCCUUGAGAUGAGGGAAAGCAAAGAAGGGAGGGAGUGGGAAAGAAUACUCAAUUCGGGAUUUAUUCUCUCCCAAACCCUAUCACAUUUUAUUUAUUUAUUAAAGUAGUUUGCUCUCCGUAUACCACCCAAAACCAUGUUGGGAUUUCAGGGCAGCAUACAGCGAAAAGGUACAAAUUCUCAAUUAUGACCCAGCAGACAAAAUCCUUGAAAUGUCGAUGAGGAUUUGUAGCAGCGGAAAGUGCCUCCCUGAGUAUCAAAACAUUUGCCCUGUGGGCCCUGGGCAAGGCUCCUUGGGGGCAUCCUUCCCCAGCUGGGGCGCCACAGCCAAACAGCCCCUCGCGGCUGCAUCACGGGAAUCAGAUGCUGCCACAGCCUUUCCCUGGCCAGAAGGGAUCCGACCCUGUAGUUGUCGAUAUCAGUCUCAGUCCCUGUUUUAACCAGCUUUUACACUCGUUUUACAUUUUGUUUUAAUGGCAAUAUGUAAUAAUAAUAAUAAUAAUAAAUUUUAUUUAUAUCCCGCCCUCCCCAGCCAAAGCCGGGCUCAGGGCGGCUAACAACAAUAAAAUAGUGCAGCAUUCUGGGUUUAUGGUAGACAUUUUGGAAAUAAAGGAGGAAGGUGCCUGGAGAAAGGGCCUCAGCAGAAGCUCUUUAAGGCACAGGCAGGUGAAGAGAGAAGAAGUAGAAGCAAAACUCUGGCACAGACUCCCCCCUGGCAGGCCUCCUCCCCCCACCCCCUGCAGGCCCCGGGAGCGCUGGAUGGUGGCGCUGGCCGGGUGGUGACGACCGUGGCCCUUUGCUUCUCUCCUCCUCCUCCUCAGCUACGCCAUUGCAGACAAUGCCUACCGCUCUCUGCGCACGGAGAGGAAGGACCAGUGCAUCCUCAUCUCGGGGGAAAGCGGGGCUGGCAAGACGGAAGCCACCAAGAAGGUGCUGCAGUAUUACGCCGUCACCUGCCCAGCCAGCGAGCAGGUGGAGACCAUCAAGGACCGGCUCCUGCAGUCCAACCCAGUCCUGGAGGUAAGAGCACGAGGCCCAGUUCAGAAGGCGCUGGGGCUGCGGCUGCUCCUUCUCCUCUGUGGCUUUUGGGCCUGGAAGAGAGCUGGACACAGCACAGCCGCUCCUACCUGGUGGACUUGCCCCAUCUUGGUGGCCUGGUUUGCUCUGCUGGGUGCCAACAACCAGGGGAGCCUAUAUGCCAGCCCCUGGCCCAGGAUGCCUGUGUGGAGGCAGGAGAGGCCCUGCAGUGGUCAGCACUUGAGUCCAAGUCGAGGCCAGCUGGGGGCCAGGCUAGAAAGUCAAUCCAGGCAAGGCCUGCAGUCCGAGGGGCUGUGCCUGAGCCAGAGUCCCUUCCCCACGGCUGGAGAUCAGUUGUCCUCUUCUUACUCUACAGGCGUUUGGAAAUGCCAAGACCCUUCGCAACGACAACUCCAGCCGGUUUGGGAAAUACAUGGAUGUCCAGUUCGAUUAUAAGGUGAGUCCGUAGGAGGGCAAACCGAGUUAGCCUCCUGGUCCGUCCUGCUCUCCCCGCCUUGCCUGGUCAUGUCGGGGGCUGAAACUGGACCCUUCUGCAUUGCAAUGCGCACACUGGGCCACUGAAAACCCCCAUCUUCUGAGCUGUGGAGGAGUAGAGGGAGCCCCUCUCUCUGUCCUCAUGUGGAGCCAGGUUUCCCCCAGCCCCCAAAGCUUUUCAUCAUGUCCCCUGUGGAAAAUCCACGUGAGCUUCUCUGAGCCACGUCCUUCUGAGCAUCUCUCUUUGGAGAGGAGAGACCGGCCUGUCCCGGAAAGGGUGGGCUCCAGUUACUGAGAUGAGGAGGAGGACAGCGCUCCAGCAGCAGGGAGCUCCAAGGCGGCUCUGCAUGCAGGGCUGACCCCUGGUGGACGGUCUGCAGGCGCUUGGUGGGGAAACCCUGAGAGCUCUGGCAGCAGCCUUCUUGCUUGGCUCCGGGCUCCGUCUGCCCCUCUGCAAAGGGGUCCUGAGCAGCUGGCUCCCUCUCUGCCCUCACCAGCCACACCUGCUGCCUUCUUUGCCUUAGGGGGCUCCCAUUGGGGGCCACAUCCUGAACUACCUCCUUGAGAAGUCACGGGUGGUGCACCAGAACCACGGCGAGAGGAACUUCCACAUCUUCUACCAGCUGCUGGAAGGGGGCGAGGAGGACCUGCUGCGGAGGCUGGGCCUGGAGAAGAGCCCCCACCAGUACCAGUACCUGGUGAAGGUAAAGCGCUGCACCCCACCCCCACCCCCAGCAGAAGCUUUUCUGGGCCUGCAGUGGGGCUGAGCGGACAGCUGCCUGUCCAUUUUGGGGGCAGCCACUGCAUCCCCCCUCUUCGCUGCUGAGGGUCUCCUCCCCACGUUCCCCAUCUCUCUUGCCAGGGUCAGUGUGCAAAAGUCAGCUCCAUCAACGACAAGAGCGACUGGAAGGGCGUGCGCAGGGCCCUGUCCGUCAUUAACUUCAGCGACAACGAAGUGGAGGUAAGAGGCCCCUUUUGCUCCUGCGGCUGCUGCUGCUGCCUCCCCGUGUUUGGGAGGGAGGGGGCUGGUCCUGCAUCCCCUUCUGUGGUGCUCUUCUGCUAGUGACCCUCCCCUCUUCCCUUCCCAGGACCUCCUGAGCAUUGUGGCCAGCGUCUUGCACUUGGGCAACGUGCAGUUUGCUGCCGACGAAGAGGGCAGUGCACAAGUGACCACAGAGAACCAGAUCAAGUACCUGGCCAGGGUGAGUAGCAGAGCUGGCAGGGAGGGGGCAGUGGGCGCGGGGUGUGGAGAGGAGCGAAAGGCCCCCAGGUACCUUCGGGAAUGGGCCUGAGCUGCAUCACUUGGAGGCUGUUUUUUAGGGGGGACGUGUGUGCCAUAAAGUCUAGAGAAAGGGUUAUAUUCUAGAAGGGAUCAAAGAAAGGAAUGAAUCUGAGAGAUGGCCAAGUAACAUUGGGGGAAUCAACGUCCAGUGAAUACGAAGGCAAGCCACAGUUUUAUUCCUGCAGCUCUUGGAGUACUUUGGAGUACUUGAAAAGUGUGAAUAAGGCCUUCAGUAUAUUUUGGGGGUGAGGAUUAGUCACAGCUGUUGGACUUCCAUUCUCCUCUAAAGUGUGGAGAAAUAAUGACACCCUUUCUCUGAUGCUAAGCAGGGCUGGGGCAGGUUGCACCUUCUCUCUCUCCCGGCUGCACUGCACCCAUCACUCCUCCCCCAGUUUGGGUCUCUGCCUUCCUGCUCCUCUCGGGGCUGAGAAGGAGCCUUUUCCUCUGCUGUGGGCAGAGGCUGCUCUGGCUGUGGCUCUUCAGCCGUGGCUCUCCUUUUUCUGCCUUGCAGCUCCUGGGGGUUGAAGGGUCCUUGCUUCGAGAGGCUCUGACCCACAAGAAGAUCAUCGCCAAGGGGGAAGAGGUAAGAGGGUUGGCCGGCUGACUGCCGCGAGGGGGGGGGAGGCGGCCAGGCCAACCCAGGGGCGUUUCCUGGUGAUGGUCACUGUGGCCGUAUCCAAGGGAGGUGGUUCGGGUACCUGGUUGCCCCCCCCCAGUCCGCUGGCCGGAGAGAGGCUGAUGGCAGCUCCUUCCUUGCAGCUGGUCAGCCCCCUCAACCUGGAGCAGGCGGCUUAUGCACGGGACGCCCUCGCCAAGGCCAUCUACGGGCGCACCUUCUCCUGGCUCGUGGGCAAGAUCAACAAGUCCCUCGCCUACAAGGUCAGCAGGCUGCUCUCCCCAUGACGGCCGCUGGGUCCUGGGCGGCACCCUCCAUGGAGGAGGCCUUGCUUCGGGAAAGGGGCCCUCAAGGAGCAGGCCUCCUUCUGCAAGGGUGGCUUUGCUGGGACAGAGCAAAGUCCCCGUUUUCCAGGCAGGCAGGGCAGGGGGGCAAGGGGAGGGUGCCGUUCCCAGGGGGGCUCUCACUCCCCUGUGCCUUUUGGCAGGAGACGGAGCGCCUGGGCUGGAGAAGCAGCGCCUCCGUCCUGGGGCUGCUCGACAUCUACGGCUUCGAGGUUUUCCAACACAACAGGUGGGUUUUCCUGGCUCCUGCCCAGGGGGAGGAAGAGGAGGGGCUGCCUGUCUUCCAAGGGGCAAGGGGCCGCCUGGCACAGGGCUGGCCUCAGGCUGCUCUCCUCCAGGGUUUGUCUCUGACCUUGUGCUGUGCCACUGAAACUCAGCAUCUCCAGUGGCUGUGAGAAGAACCAGCACCAGCAGGGAGGUGGGCCUCCCUCUGCCACCCAUGACUGUGGGCCCCCCACUUCAGUGAAAGUGGUUGCUUGGAGGGGGAUGGGGGUCAGAGUCUCUGCUGGGGCCAAGAGCUCUUUUCUGCCUUCCCUCCUUUGCAGCUUUGAGCAGUUUUGCAUCAAUUACUGCAAUGAAAAGUUGCAGCAGCUCUUCAUCGAGCUCACGCUGAAGUCGGAGCAGGAGGAAUACGAGGCUGAGGGAAUUGCGGUAAGAGCAGGCAGUGGUGAUCGGGGGGGGGGCUCCUCUGCUCUCCCAGUGAGGGAGGGGCUGCCAUUUACACCUGAGGAGGCUGACUUACUUAGUCCAGCUCUGCUGAGCCCUUUGCCCUUUGGAGUACUGGCCACGUUUCUGUUGAAUGAGAGGUGCCUAAGAACGUGGCAGCCGUCACUUCACCUUUGAAGGGCAAGGAGUUGAGGCCUUAGUGCCUGACUCUUGGCAGUGAGGGGCUUCCCCUUGUGCCCCCUAAGGCCAAAGGGGGAGCCCAGCCUGCUGGUGCCUCCAGCUGCUCCCCCAUGCGCCUCUCCUCCCAAGCGGGGCCUAUUUCACUCAGACUCUCUCGCUUCCCCUUUGCAGUGGGAACCUGUCCAGUACUUCAACAACAAGAUAAUCUGUGACUUAGUGGAAGAGAAAUUCAAAGGCAUCAUUUCAGUCUUGGUAAGUCCUCAAGGAUGUUUUGAAGAAAAGGGUGUGAGAAGAUUGUGGGCAGAGGGCCUUCUCGGUAGUGGCUCCCUCCCUGUGGAACACCCUCCCUUCAAAUGUUAAGGAAAUAAACAACUAUCUGACUUUUAGAAGACAUCUGAAGGCAGCUUUACACAGGGAAGUCUUUAACAUCUGAUGUUUUAGUAUGUUUUUAUAUAUGCUGUGAGCCGCCCAGGGUGGCUGGGGAAACCUAGCCAGAGGGUUGCAGUAUAAAUAAAAGUAUUAUUUUUAUUUAUUAUUAUUUUUAUUAUUGCUGCUGUUGUUGUUGUUGUUGUUGUUGUUGGGGGGUGGAAUAGCAUUUCUGUCCCGUCAUUCCCCAAAGGUCCCAGGGCUGCAAAAAGGCAAGAUUUUAAUCGGUGGAAACAAUUUACGGUCAAAGGAAUAGGGUUCUGAAAACAUACAUUGUUUGCCUGCAGCUUCACAAGAGAGGCACCUCUGUUGGGAGGGAGCCCCACAACACAGGAAAUGCCCUCCUGGGGCCCCCCCCUGCUCUGCUUCCUCCUUUGGGCCCAUUAGCCAAGUUGGUCAGCAGGCAGCCUCCUGGGGACACCUGCAAGCCCCCCCCCCGGUCCUAUGGAGGCUUCCAUCUGCUCUGAAAGGCUCCAGUGAUGGUCCUGGGGGGAGGAGGAGGGUGGUGUUGCCUGCUAGACCCCCAAGUCCUUCCAUUUCCUCCCUGCAGGAUGAGGAGUGCCUGCGGCCUGGAGACGCCACCGACACGACCUUCCUGGUGAAACUGGAGGAGACAAUAAAGAACCACCCCCACUUCCUCACGUGAGUCACCUUGGGGGCCGGAGGAGCCCCUCCAUCUUCAGCCCAGGACUGGAGGCUCCACUUUGGUUUCAGCAGCUUCUUUGAGAACAGAAGCAGCCAAUCUGCUCCUGCUACAGGGACCCAAUCCCCUCCAGCUCAACCUUGUCCUCUGGGACCCUGAGCCACUGGUUCUGCCUCCCUCCCUCCCAUCUUCUGCCCAUUCUGGAUUAUUGUAACUCGCUCUAUGUGGGGCUACCCUUGAGACUGACCCAGAAACUCCAGCGGGUGCAGAAUGCCGCAGCGAGACUCCUUACGGGGUCCUUACUGCAAGAUUACAUUCACCCGGUGCUAUACCAGCUGCACUGGCUCCCGGUGGAGUACAGGAUCAGGUUUAAGCUGCUGGUUUUAACCUUUAAAGCCCUAUACGGCCUAGGACCUCAUACCUACGGGACCGCCUCUCAUGGUAUGUCCCACAGAGGAACUUAAGGUCUUCAGACAAAAACAUCUUGAAGGUCCCAGGCCACAGAGAAGUUAGGCUGGCCUCAACUAGAGCCAGGGCUUUUUUGGCUGUGACUCUGAUCUGGUGGAACGCUCUGUCACAAGAGACUAGGGCCCUGCAGGACCUGACAUCUUUCUGCAGGGCCUGCAAGACAGAGUUGUUCCACCAGACAUUUGGUCAGGGCACAGCCUGACUCCAUCCUUUGGCAAUCUUCACAGAACUCUAGCCCAAUGGUUGCCAUCAAUUUGAUUUGAAUUAAUUUUAUAAUGAAUGAUUUUAGAAUGUUGUACUAUUUUAUUGUUGUUAGCCGCCCUGAGCCCGGCUUCACCUGGGGAGGGCAGGAUAUAAAUAAAUUAUUAUUAUUAUUAUUAUUUAUUUAUUUAUGGGGUUUCCCUCUCCACAGACACAAGCUGGCAGAUGCCAAGACCCGGAAGUCCUUGGGCCGAGAGGAGUUCCGCCUGCAGCACUACGCAGGGGACGUCACCUACAACGUGGCAGGUAGAUGGCGGUCGUCUCCAGGCAGCGGUGCUGGGCAGCGGGGGGCGUCUGUGCCUGUGCCCCCCUUCCCAUACAGACACUGUUUCAGGAGCAAACCCUCCCUCCAGCUCCUCCUGGCGGGGUCUUUUAUGCCACUGGUUUUGUGCUUCCUUCCCCAGGUUUCCUGGACAAGAACAACGACCUCCUCUUCAGGAACCUCAAAGAGGUGAGUCCCGGCUGGAAGUGGGCCUGUGCCCUGGGCAGGAAGGUGCCUGUCCGUGCAAAGGGCUCCUGGGGCUAAGCCAGGCCCACUUUGCCCCAGCGUGACUCCCUCUCGCUGCCUCCACAGGCCAUGUGCAACUCAGAGAAUCCCAUUGUCAACCAGUGCUUUGACCGGGCGGAGCUGACGGACAAGAAGAGGCCAGAGACAGUAAGAGCCCAAAGAGGGUGGGAGGGUGGUGGCCCUGCUGCAAGGCCAGGCGGCCGUGAUCCUUCCCUCUGCUCCAUUCCUCUCUUCUCCUCCAUUGCAGGCAGUGACACAGUUCAAGAACAGCCUCGCAAAGCUCAUGGAAAUCCUGAUGUCCAAGGACCCCUCCUACAUCCGCUGCAUCAAGCCCAAUGACGCCAAGCAGGCGGGUGGGUCUGAGCCUCUGUCCCUGCUUCCUUCCCAGAGGGCGGGGAGGGCUAGUCUGGGGGUCUGGGGGCAUUCUGAGCCUUGGCUGGAUUCCCCCCUUUCCAGGUUUCUCAUCUCUGACGUUUCUCAAAAACUCCCAACUUACAAGCUCUGGCUGCCGCCUAGGCCUCCUCUGAUGCUGCUUGGCUUGCACUGCCCUGUUCUUGAAGGGGAGGCACUGUCUGCUGUGGAAGAAUAGCUCCAUAGACAGCAAGAGGGCAACCCAGGCGCUGGGCAAGGCAUUGGCCCGGCUGCCCUUUUUUACGGGUCACUCUCCUUCAUUCUGAUCAUUUUCUAGGCCGUUUUGAUGAAGUUUUGAUCCGGCAUCAGGUGAAGUACUUGGGCUUGAUGGAGAACCUGAGAGUGCGUCGGGCUGGCUUUGCUUAUCGGCGAAAAUACGAAGUCUUCCUCCAGAGGUAGGUGUGCGUGCAAACCCUGUGCAGGAACAUUACAGCGCAGGAACGGAUUCGGAGGGAGCAGGUGGCUCCUGGGGGCGAAAUGAAGAGUGGUCGCUCUGUCUGCAAUGUUGCGCCAAGGGAGGGGGGUUGUGGCUGCUUGCUGUGCUGUGGCAGCUCCGGCCCCCUCAGAGGAGAAGGGCAGCAGGAUCCUCAUACAGCUUCUGGGGGCUUUGGGGCUCUGCCUGGCGUUCCCUUGGUCAUGUGACCAGGCUACCAUCCCUUCCAUGGCCAGGUACAAGUCUCUGUGUCCCGAAACGUGGCCCACCUGGGACGGGAGGCCCCACGACGGCGUGGCUGUGCUUGUGAAACACCUUGGCUACAAGCAGGAGGAGUUCAAGAUGGGCAGGUAGGCGGCUGAGUCUUGGGGUGCUGCCCCAGUUGGGGGUAGGGGAUAAACGUUCUCUCUCUCUUACGGAUAAUUUCCUUUCCAGGACAAAAAUAUUUAUUCGUUUCCCCAAGACACUCUUUGCGACAGAAGACAGCCUGGAGAUCCGGAAGCAGAGUCUGGGUGAGUUUGCCCAUCGGGGAGCCUGGGGGCAGGGAAUGCCUGGGGUCCUCCAGGGGUCAAGGAAGGUGGGCGCUGGGCCCCAGCAACCUUUGAGGCCACCUGGGGGGGCAUCUCUGUGCUCAAUGUGCCUCUUCCCUCCCCGGCUUCAGCCACAAAGCUCCAGGCAGGCUGGAGAGGCUACUACCGGCGGAAGAAGUUUCGGCAGAUGAAGCUGUCAGGUAAGAAGCGGCGACGGCUCUUGGCUUCUCCUCUAGGGACAGACCCUCCCUUCCCGUCCAUCGCAGGAGCAGUCAUGCUCAAGGUGGCCCCAGUUAAGCAGCAGGGCUGGCGCUCCAAGCAGCCCCUGAGGCCAGCAGGGGGGUGGGCAGGGCAAGGACCUCCCUCUCAGGGGCGUUUCUGGGCCCUGUGCUCUGCUUGCUCCAGCAGCCGUUUGCAGGUGGGGCAGGUCGUGGGGGCUGCUUCUGCGCCUUUCCUCAGGGCAGCUCCUGCCAGGGAGGGACAGGGUGGCACACCCACUGCUUUGCCGCCCAUGACUGGCCUGUGUUGAAGAGUCCAUGCCCAGCCCCGUUGGCUUCUGCAUCUGGAACGGCUGGGGAGCGGGGAUUCAUCUCAUUCACCUCAGGAAGCCCAAAUGCCUUGGAGCAGACCUACCUUGCGGGUCCAGCAAAGGCCAGCCAGCAACAUUUCAGGAGGGAAGGUUGGGAAUCGCAAAAUGCUCAGAGAGAGAGAGAGAGAGAGAGUGUUGGGUAGCCUCCUGCGUCUCUGGCAAGGACCCCCCCUGGCCAUCUCCUGAGGCAGCCUCUUUUCCCACUGAAGAGCCCUUGCUCUUAGGGAGUUUGUCUGCCCUCCCUUUGUGCCAGGCUCCCAGACCGCCCUUUUCCAGGCUCCUUCCACCAUUCCUGCCCCCUCACCAACGCUGUCCUGUGCCCCUGACCCCCCGUCUCCCCCUCUUUGCUCCCUCCAGCCAUCACUAUCCAGUCCUGGUGGCGAGGGACACUGGGGCGGCGCAAGGCAGCCAAGAAGAAGCGGGCCGUGGAGACCGUCCGGCGGUGCGUCUGGGCUCCCUCUUCCCUUCCCUGGGCCGGGGGGGGGUGCACCCUGCCCCUUGCAGGGCUUGUGAGGGGAGGUGGGGGCUGUGGGGGGGGUAAGUGCCACUCUACUCUCCUAAGAGGCCUUUCCCUGGGUCUCCCUGCAGGUUCAUCAAGGGGUUUAUUUACCGGAAUUAUGCUCGCUGCCCCGAGAACGAAUACUUCCUUGACUACAUCCGCUAUUCCUUCCUGAUGAACUUGAAGCGGAACCUGCCCCGGAACGUUCUGGACAAGUCCUGGCCGGUGCCUCCGCCCUCCCUGAGAGAGGUAGCUCCAGGGGCAGCGCAGUGGGGUGGGGUGGGUGAGAGCCCUGCCUUGCCCAAGGAGCUCCUCCUCCUCCUGCUGCUGCUGUCCCGGGCCUGGAUCCAAGCAGGGGUCCCACGUCCUGAAGCUUCGGCCUUUGUCCAUCAGCAGUUGCGGGUGACAGCAAAGAGUGUCUAGGCCACCGUCUCCUGGCUGAAUGAGAUGCUCUGCUUUUGAAUGAACGAACCCGGAUCAUUGUGAUAGUGCUUCCCCCUCCUUGCCGUCCGUAGAGAUUUUCAAAUAUUAAGCAGUUUAUAAAUGUGUUGUUGUUGCUGUUGUUGCUGUUGUUAAUGUUCCAAAGGGAGUCAGCAAAACAGACUCUGCAACCCAGUCUGGGAAUUGUGGGACAUUUGGCAGGGAGAGAAGAGGGAAGAUUCUUGACACCUUUGAGCUGGUGCCAGACACCGCCCCUCCCUCCUGUCCCUACCUCAGAUGUGAUGUACAAGGAGCUGGAGGCCCCACAAGCUGCCCCACAAGUGCCAGGCCCAUCUCCUCAAGAGGUGGAGGCCUGCUUUCAUUCCCAAAGUGUUAUUCAGGCAGGCAAAAGCAUGAAGCGUGGAGAAAGCCCCUCUCUGACCUCAAAAUAGCUAGCUCAGGAGGAGGAGGAAGAGAUGGUCCUCUUGGCAGGGACCUUUUGUCUAAGGAAACCUUUAAGUUUGAAGUUGUGCCAUUGCCACCACCUCCUAUUCAGGCCGCAAGGCUGCCCUGAACCCCGUGCAAAUGUCCAGAGGGGGCCCUCCCAGCUUGGGGCCAGUUAAAUCUGUGAGCUGGUGUCUGCGUAGGUCCUGAGAGCUUAAAAGCUGUCCAAAUGCUCCUCCUUCCUCGUAUGGUGUGCUGAGGAGCAGCCCAGGGGUGAUGGGGGGGGCGUGUCUUUGCCCUGCUGCUGCCCCUUGUGGUCUCCCUUUCCAUCUGGCAGCUGCGUUUGCUCCUUGUCCUUCAGGCAUCUCAGCUGCUGAGAGACCUCUGCAUGCAGAACAUGGUGUGGAGCUACUGCAAGAGAAUCAGCCCCGAGUGGAAGCUGCAGGUGGGUAGCGCUGGGGCUGCCUCCUUCUCUGCCUGUCCCUGGCUCUCUGUGAGCAGCUUCCAAGUGGCUCCUCCUUUCCCUGGGGAGCGCUGUGACUCUGCCUGUCUCUUCCGCAGCUGGAGCAGAAAGUGGUGGCCAGCGAGAUCUUCAAGGGGAAGAAGGACAACUAUCCUCAGAGUGUCCCUCGCCUCUUCCUUAACACCCGCCUUGGUGAGUGGGGCUUCUCAGGCUGGCCAGGGGUGGGGCUGCCGUCUCCAGCUGGCUGCUUCCAACUGCCCCCCUUCUUUCCUUUUUGCGGCAGGUAGCGAAGAGAUUAAUGCCAAAAUCCUUCAAGUGCUGGGAAAUGAGACGCUCAAGGUAAGUGAGCCACGGAGGCUCUUUGGCCCCGGCUCAGGGGCUCUGAAGGAAGGGCGCAAGGAGGCCAAGCUGGCUCAGAAGGGCUGGCCGGGAUGGAAGUUGCCGCUCUUCCCUGCUGCCCCCCGUAGCCUCUUGUCUGGAGGCUGCUUCAGGCACUGUGGAAAUUUGCUGUUGGGAUUCUCGCUGCUCCUUUCAGUAUGCCGUUCCCGUGACCAAGUACGACCGCAAAGGCUACAAGGCCCGAGCCCGGCAGCUGCUGCUCACUCAGAAUGCAAUUCUGCUGGUUGAAGAGGCCAAAGUCAAGCAGCGGAUUGACUACGGCAACCUGUCAGGUGCGGAGAUGGCGACCAACAAGCGCUCGGCUGGCCUGGAGGCUGGGGGGGGGGGGGGGAGAGAAGCUGCUUUUGGAGCAAGCGUUGCCUGGUCCCCGUUGUUGGGAGCUGUUGUUUGUGACACAUGGAUGCGGCCAACUCAGAGAACUUUGUUGUCCUCUGAGAUUUCCAGAACGUGGCUGGCUGCUGGCAUUGUGGGGCCUGUUUGUGGGCCUCUCUCCCCUGCCCAGGUCCCUGGCAGAGCUUCCUAGCUUGGAGCUCUGUAGGUGGCAAGAGGGGCCUGUUCUGCCUAGAGGGCUGGAGCUGCCAGUGUUGCCACAGAAGAGAAAGGUGGCCGUGCUUGGAGUGAGCCCACUUUGCCAAGCAAAAUGGCCCUUUCUUGUCUCAACAGGACUCUCCGUCAGCAGCUUGAGUGACAGCCUCUUCGUUCUCCACGUGGUCCGGGAGGAUAACAAGCAGAAGGUAGCUUCUCUGCUCUAUUAGCUGUGGAUUUGGGAGGGGAGGAAAUUUGGGCGAGGGACCAGGCACAUGCUGGAUUUGGGGUUUGGUGGCUCAGUCCAGUGAUGAGCAGCCAGAUUCCCAACAGAUUUGUGGGAAUUCGAAAAUCUCUCUGAAAGACAUUUGGUUUGUUUUCCAGGGAGAUGUGGUGCUACAGAGUGAUUUUGUGAUUGAGACUCUGACCAAAAUUGCAAUCUGUGCCAACAAAGUAAACAGUGUGAAUAUCAACCAGGGCAGGUGAGCUUGCUAUGCUUUUAUUUUAAAAUGUGUGCCUGUCUGAUGUGGGUCAUAGGAGCUACCGCCCUCCUGCUUCUCUUAAGAGCAAAGGCCUCCAGGCCUGCUCCUGCUUUAUCAAGGGAAGGGGCAGUCUAUAGAUCAAGCGGCUUUGCCAGAAGAAUGUCCUGUGUAUUUUGCGCUGCUGUGGAAAGCCAGGGCCACAUCAGGCCACUGGGCAAUGCAGACAAAAAGCCCCGAUAUCAAAUCCCAGCUCUUCUCCAAGCUCACAAGAGGCCAUUCUCUCAGCCUCAGAUUGUUCCUCUGCAGACAGCCAUGGCCUGAAUUGAAGGGAUGUUAGGACUGCAAAAAGAAUGUACGAGAAGCAUGCUGAAGAUUGGGUCACUGUACUUAAGAGACAGUACUAGUGACAAGCCUUGUUUGUUGGUUUUGAUUUUAAUCCUGCCUUUUAUUGUCAAAUGAUACCAAUUUCCACCUAUUAAUCCCACCCCUGGGUAUGUGGUGACAUGGAUUUGACAUGGCUCCGCAAGGUCCCAAGUUCCGCUUUUGUGCUUUGAGCCAAGAUGCCCCAGUAGAAGCUGCCCCAACUCUUCUCCUUCCCUUUCUCUACAGCAUAAAGUUCACUGUUGGGCAAGGCAAAGAGGGCAUCAUUGAUUUCACAUCGGGAUCCGAACUGCUGGUCGCCAAAGCCAAGAACGGCCAUCUUGCGGUUGUAAGUAGCAUUGGGCUGGCCAAGCUGGGAGUGGCUCCACCCUCCUGCCCACCCCCAGGGGUCACUCCAUGCGGCUCCUAAGCCAGUCUCUGUGAGGUGCUAUGAGGGCAGCUCUCCCCCUCCCCUGUGACCCUGCAGGUGCCAUAGGCUUUAUGCAGCUGUUCAUGCUGCACCAGAAGCCUCUCAUCCCUCUUGGCAAAGCCCUGCCUCGGUUCCUGCUCAGUGCUGACCAGGCUCCUUGCCAGCUCACCUUGUUCAGUUCUGAGCAGGAAUAGCUGCUUUGGGCUAGCUGUUGCUCUCCUUCCACAGCUGACCUUUGUCUUCUUCUCAGGUGGCUCCUCGUCUGAAUUCUCGAUGACAAAAGCUGCCCUUCCGCAAGAGACCUCUUCGUCGGACGACAUUCUGUAAUCCUGGCUGGACACUUUCCCUGCCAACUUUUUUGGGGGUGGGGGCUGCUUUGCAGACCUUCUUUCUAGCUACCAAAGACCUGCAGAUCCAAAGAAUUAUCCUCUAAUUAUGUCCUUUGGUUUCCAUCGUACCAGGCAGGAACCUUUUGUCACAGCAGUGGUGGCUGCUCUGUCCCCUGGGCAUCGAACGGCUGUGUGCCACAUCAAGGCCAGACCCAGAACAGCAGCAGCAGCAGCAGGGAGAGAACCCGUAGAGCUGCCGGCCAACUAAACGAAAUGCCAAAUUUUAUACUAAAAAUAUUUUAUGAAGAUGUUUUCUCCUAGAUUUUUUGAUGCUUUGUAUGAAAAUGUAAAAGCCAUAAUACAUGUGUGUAAUUCUGUUAGUACGCCCUAGCUCAUUGUAUGGGAUGUUUGCACUUUGAAAACUAUUUUCUUAUUUUUAAUUGGAAGAGCUGUGAUAGCAAUCUAUAAUUAAUGCCCGUCUGCCUUGCCCUGACCUUCUCAUUUCCUCAGUUCAGUCUUGCGGCAUCUUGCAUCAAAAACUUGGGCUGCUUUUGCUGCAAGAGAGGACUGGCAUGCUUGCACCUCUAUCCAUUUGUGCUGGGAGGGGCUUCUGGUCCUUCGUGGCUAUUUGCCUGGAAUAUCUGUCUGCCCCAGGCCUUAUUGCAGCCAGCUUAGUUGGGACAGUUGGCAAUGAUGGCUUCCUUCCCCCACAUGCUACCUCUGGGGUUUCUCCCCCUGCAAGUUACUGCCCUCCCCGCUAUGAACUUUCAUCCCAUCUACCCCCAGCCUUUGCAGGGUAUUUUAUCAUGAAGUGGCAAGCAUGGAAACAGAACCAGAGCUUUUUAAAAUGCCUUUUCAAAUAAAGUGCAGUUUUAAGAAUGCAAAGGUGCUUAAUUUAGGCUCUAGUGUUUGGCUGCUCCAGUGGGAACCCCUGGGUUUUGGAAGCAAAAGUAUUCUUUUUUUACCACCAUUAAGACACUAAACCAACCUUUUGGUUUUGGUAAGCUUUUUGUGAAACAGUUCCAUCUGGCGUCCAAAUAUCGUUUUAAAUCUGAAUGUUCAAAUUAUAUGAAAAGCCCUAUUCAUUGAGUCAGAAUUCUUUUCAUUUCUUAAUUGCCCUGUGGAGGCAUGAUUUGUCUUUUACAGGACCCACAAAAGUUUGAGCACUUCUUUAAUCCCAUAAAACAAAAAAAGGAGGAGCUAUGAUAUCUUUUGAAGGUAGUUACAAGUCAUCAGUAACAGCAGCUGCAGUGCUUUCAAGGACAAUUACUCAAGAUAAAGGAAAAACUUCUUUAGUGUAAAAAUGUCAAUACGAGUCACUUUUGUGGUUGGACUGGACAAGCUUAAAGGCACUAUUUGAUUUUGCAUUACUGAUGGGCAAGAUGUAGAACUUGGUGUGCUUGUAUCCUUAGCAUCCUGCUGCUGCUGCUGACCUUCAGAAGCCCAAUUAGAUUUUCUUUUCCGACGGGAAUAAAUGUUGCACCAGGCCUGGAAUGCUGUCCAUGCUAUAGUGUAUAUAAGAUUUAAUGCACUAUUGCUAUAUAAAUGCCAAAUAAAUUUUUACUAAAAUCAG